UUAUUCUGUACGGCGAUUUCCCACAAUUCCGGCUGCACCGGAAGCGCUCUGGAAGCCUGCGCUGUCUACGGGCUCUGGCGGAACUGAUGAAGAGAGUAAACAACAAAAAACUGGCAGCUUGCGCUUCUCCUCAACACGGGAUCUGAAAGCUGCGAAAAUGACAAACGUGUACUCUUUCGACGGGAUUCUUGUGUUUGGGCUUCUUUUCAUCUGCACGUGUGCUUACCUGAAGAAGGUCCCACGUCUGAACAGCUGGCUCCUGUCUGAGAAGAAAGGUGUCUGGGGAGUCUUUUACAAGGCUGCAGUAAUAGGCUCGCGGCUCCACAUUGCUGUGGCCGGGUCCUGUAUGUGUAUGGGAUUUUACCUGAUUUUUCUGAAGUGACCUGGAGGAAUCGCUCUCUUUGGACACUGGACUCUGAACACCAGUGAGAAUGCAGUGCUGGCGAGUAUCAUCGGCUACAGGAGAGAGACAACUCCACCUGCGGUUUAGCACCAAUUUAAAGUGCCCCCUAUUAUGGGUAACGAAAGGUUCAACAACAGGUUGACAUUCAUGCAAGGACAAAAAAACACUUUCACUGUCUUAUAAUAUGCACCUAUUUUUAUCUUACUUGCUCAACGAUUCCCAACCAUUUGCUCAACGAUUAAUUUUUCCAAACCCCGUCCUGUGUGUGUGUCGGAUUGGUCUCGUUUUCAUGUCAUCAUGUCUGUAAUGGAUGAUAAAGCAGUGUUUGUGAGCGCAGUGCUGCUUUGUUUUACAGUGUUACUGAUGAAACUGAUAUUUUUCUGCUCCAAAAGCGCCACCUAGUGGCAAAGAAUGAAUUAGCAUUUUCAUUCAGACCAACCAGAAAAGACCAACAAGUGGGCAAGGAAUAUAUGCUAAUGUUUCAUGUUGACUUUAUACAUGGUGCACUUUAAGAUUUAAAACUCUGCAGGAUGUUUUCAUUCACUUAGAGCUGUUACACACUGCAUGAAAGGACAUUUUUUUCAUGCUUUCCAUAUCUAUAAAUGUUUAACUUUUAUUUUUAUUUUAAAAUUUGGACUUAGAUCAGGGUUAAACGGUAAUAUUUGCCAAAAUUUAAGAACCUAUUUAUGGAUUCAGACAUGCACAAUUCUUGCUUGGGCUUAGAGGGGUAAAGUUAAAGAAGGCAGAAACAAUGUUAUCUUGUACAAUUUUUUAAUAGAAGUUCAUAUACUGAGAGCUUCACUAUUUUAGGUUUUGGUGUCAUGAAUGGCUUAAUUAUGCCAUUAUUCAAAUUUUGGCAAAUGUUUAUAAUAAACAUAAGACCUAUUGUUUGCAGCAUGGGACAAAUGAAUAGAAGAUUUUCCAUAGACUUCAUGGAAACAUUCACUUUCACCUGCUGUGAUUUAGUUCAGUAAUGCUACUAGAUCAAAAUUAAACUUGUAAAACAUUUUAUUUGAUACCAUAAUUUUAUAAUAUAUGUAGAAGCAAAACCUAUUGAUCAACAUCAUGUGUAUUGUAUAAACUCCCCUUUCUUGUGUUCAUGCAGUUUUGUCUAUUACACAUAACAAACAUGUACAUGAUGUUCUUUUGUAUUUAAUCAUUCAAAUGCAUGUCCUAAAGCUUAUCUGAACCUAUCAUCAACUCUUCAUGCACAAAAGCCCAUAAUUCACCGAUCGUCUUUCAGUAAAACUGUUUGUUCAGCCUGUAAAUACACACAGUCAAGCUCUAUAGAAAAUGAUAGAUAGCUGUUGGAGGUUCAUAUUUGUAAACAGGUGGAACAUAAUAUUUUCUGAAUAAUCAUAUGCAAUAAAACACUGAAAAGAU